GUUACUCUCAGCAUCCAUCCUUGGUUUAUUUAAACGCUCUCCUCCCGGAUUAGAGGAAAUAACUUGAGCUCCUAAUAAAACCACUUUUGUUGUGAGCUGUGAAUGCAUUUUCACAAUUACUCAGGAAAAUAACGUGACACAUGGAAUUAGAGCGAGUUAAAGACUCUUGAAGUUUAAUGGUUUGUGUUGGAGAUUUUUCAAAGUUCACAGCUUAAUCAUACUGUACAUGUGCAACCCAUAUUAAACAUACCACAUGAACUGUAACUGCAUAUUACUCUCACACAGUACUAGUUAACUACACCUAUAUGUAAAAGAUCUUAUUUGCAUGUAUGCAAGCAGCAUAAACUGAGAGAAGAACGCAGGAGAUGAUGGUGCAGAGCUCACAUUGUCAUGGAAAGAUAAAUUAUCAUAAUGGGCUGGUGAUUUUUCACCAUUAAUUUUCAUUACUUCUGAGCUUCAUACUUCUUCUUGCACCAGCAAUAAAGCUAGCAAGCAAAGUGAUCAUUAAUUAAAGUUUGAUCAUAAUGCUAUUUACUCAUGAUGGGAAACAAGGAAGCUGCGUUAAUGAAGUCCAGCCUCAGCCAGCCAGAAAGAUGAGCAGAGCUGAGUAAUUUGCAUAUUUUCAAGUAAUACAGAAUUGUCAAAAUGAAAAAGGAGAGCUUACUUCUGAAAAAUCACCAAUAUCUGAACCUUUUAAACUCCCACACAUCUUAGACAAAAAGACAGCAGUUGCUGUGAGGUUAGUUACAGUUAUGUGGUAAGAUAAAUUUGAACUUGGGUCAUUGAAGGGAUGCGAUUUGAGGCUGAAGUUUUGGUCCCACUUCUACGGCUGCACAGUGGAGCAGUGAGAAUCAUACUAAAUGAGAAGUUAAGGAGAUUAUGUCCAUGAACUAUAAACCUCUGCACACUUACUUAUAGGUCCCAUAAAGGCCACUUGUUGUGCAUCACGUUUUUGUUUUCUAUAGGUGAACACUGCAAGCCUUGUUUAUACUCAGCAUUGACAUGUGAGCCAUAUUGAGCACACCAUACCAGUGAAUGUUUCCUGCAUGUUUUAAUCCAUUUAUAACUAAUUCAUAUGUAUUUAAACUGGCUGCUAAUUAGUUUUGGUGCAUUUCAUAGCAUUUCUGUGUGUUUUCCUAACACAUAGAAUCACAGUGUCAAUGCAGAAACCUGAAACUGGCUUGAGACAGUCUGCCAACAUGAAAAUCAGCAUUUGUUGUCAGUUAUGACACUGGUACAUGCUGAUAAAGCUACAAGUGCAGAUUAAUUUGAAAAAAACACUUACUGCAAUAUGCACCAAAAUUAAUAUCGUAGCAGUAAAGCAAAGUAGACAUAUUGUUGAUUGUGAUAGAAAAUCUACGCAAAAUCUGCUUCCAUACUGUUUUUCAUGCUCAUCUUUUCUCUGUACCUGAUUCUUGUUCUGUUAUAUUUAUUAUAUAUAUGAUAUGUUGUAAGGUCUUGAUCUUAUAGCAUAAUGUGCCCUGAGAUGAACUAGGUUUUGAAUUGACCUUAAAUGAACAAAACUGUAUUCAACUGAAUUCAAACCAAGGGUUCCUGGAAGGUAGUUAGUAGGCAGGUAGUUACAAAAGUCAAAAUACAUACAAAAACAAUGAAUACCAGUAAUAUAAAGUACAUGUGCAUGUGUUAGUAUAUGACAACAAACUUGAGAUACUUACUUUCACAGAAAAAACAGCAUUUUAACCUGGUAUGGCUUCAUACUUCACAACAAUAUAGUGUACAAACGGAUAGUUCUUUUGCUAAGAAACAGAAUAUAUUUGCAGAAAUGGCCUAAGGCGACAUAGGUAGGUUGGUUUAAAUACUGCCAAGAACUGUGCCCAACUGUGAAUCUGUUUAGCAACAGCAGAAAAUAUCACAUCAAAGUGAGUGUCUUAAAUUUGCUGGUAACACCUGAAUACUGGCAUGUGGAUCAAGCAAUAUGGAUCCAAGGUGUAGUGGUCGUCUGCCAGCAGCUUCCCACAAAAAAAGACAAUUUUGUUAAUAAUUUACGUAUGUUGUACUGGGACUAUAGGAAGUUACUAAUUCUGUCUUUUGUGAGUUAAUUGAAUAUGGGUUUUUUUUUUUUUUAAAGAAUGCAUCGAUUCUGUUACUAUAUUUCAGCAGAGAAACACAGAUGAUGCACCAGCUUUGAAGAUAGAGAAUUUAUUGGACUAACUGCGACUGUUGAAGUCCCAUAUUAGCUUCAGAUAAACUUUUGAAAACAUUAAAGCAGAAAAUGAAGACUGAAUUUUGGCAUCCAUCAUUUCCACUGAAACAACAUUAAGAAUCAUAUUUUAAUAUCUGGUAUGAACAGGAUUUAGACAAGUCAAGCCAAUUUACUUAUAGAACACGUUUCACAGCAAGACAUGGUGAUGAAGGUUCAUAAAUUAUUUGAUGAAAUAACACAAGAAUUCUGAAAAAUAGAAGACAUAAAUAAGAAAAUAUAAGUGAAUCUCUAAAAACCAUAUAAGAAACAUCAUAAAACCAGACUGAAGAAUUGUAAACAUGGCCUUCAAGAGACAAUCCAUGAUCCAAAUGUAAACAACAGGUUCAAAAUACAGGGUUGAAACCAGCUGUCACCCCCAAAUAAGCAGCUUGACAUCAUUUUUAUUGCCAAAGCUGCCAUUGUGUUUCAAGAAGCGCUUCAUGAAAUUGUCUUUUAAUGAGAAAAAGUACCAACAGCAAGAGUGGUUUGUAUCUGUAUUGCAGUUGCAUCCAGCUAGAGCUGUCUGUCUGUUUACUGGAGCAGUAAAUGGAUGAGGUCACACCUCUGCAAGCUGCACAGUUAUAUCGAUACACAUGAGGGCUGCGAUGCAGGCGCCACAAGUGGAAAAAAAUGAGCCACGUGCUGUCGUCUUAAUGCUUUUUGCUAUGUCUAUAUGCGUCUCCCUCUUACUCAUAGCGCAAAUCAUAGAUUUUGUUUUGUUUUGAGCCACCUCAGCUCCACCCAUCACCCCUUCCCUCUGCUUCUAUCUGGUCUCUCCACACACACAAUAGCAGAGCACUGGGAAUCUGACUUUGAGUGGAGGCCUGCACUGUCUGCAGUGUUGUUCUUUUUGCAUGAAUAGCCUCAGUCGUACAAGUUUCAUUAAUCCAUCCUUUUCACAUGUUGGGGCACACACGGGUCAGGGAAGUAGGCUGCUCCAUGAAUGGGUCUACAGAGAGGCAGCAAAUGGAGGAAAAAACUGUUAAUUUUCAUUUUCUGUCAGUUUUAUACCACAGAGAAAACUGGUAACAGUUUCCUCUCUCUGCACAUGUACAAUGGAGGCUUCCUAUAAUCUUAUAAUUCUUAUAAUCCCAUGCAAAUGCAGCUCAGUAGGUGUGCAUAGAUUACAGUUUUUUUCUGUUUGCUUAUCUGCAUAUAUAUUUGUAGCUACAUGUUUGAAGACAGUGCAGGAGUAGACCUAUGCUUAAUGCCAUGUGUGUAGAGAAAAUAUUGGAAAACAUUAAGAAAAAGACAUUAUCUUUCACGGUGUUUGUCCAAGAUCAGCUUCAGUGCAUUUGAUAAAGUAAAAACUUAACUCUAAAAGUGAAACUAGAUUCAAAAGGUCUUUUAUUAUACCUCAGAUUAAUGUUUUAACUUGGUUUUAUGGUUCCAUUGUCCAGUUCAUAUUCUCAUAAAUGUAUCUUUGUGGGCCUCAGUUUUGUCCAGUGAACUGUUCCUUUAAGAGAGUUGACAGAUGAAUAACUUCCAGCUCAGCACCCAUGUUUCAGCUGCUGCUGGUCUCAUUGUUGACCGAAGAUGAUAGGAGCACAUUUUAAAACUUCUAAGAAUUUUUAAAAAGAUGGCACUUUAAAACAUCAGUCAAGGAAUACUGCAAAGUCCUUCAAAUUGUUGCGCUAUACAUCCUAAACCUGUUGAUGUGUGUGUUGAGGUCUUUUAUGAUGCCUCUCUCAUGGAGCAGCUCUGUCACACUGUUGUUUCUCGGAGUGUCUUUCUUCCUGGUCGGUCCGUGUCUGUCAGGCUGCCGGGAUGCAGGUCUGUGCUGUACUGGCCGGGACCCAUCAUGCAUCAGCAAAGGAUGGAGGGCUGACCGCUCAUUCGGCACCUGCUACUGCGACCAAGCCUGCCUGUCCACCAUUGACUGCUGCCAUGACUAUGAGACUGCAUGUCCAGCGGUGUCCUGUGUGGUGAGCGAGUGGACCGAGUGGUCAGGAUGCACUGAACCCUGCAGGGCUACAGUCCGCAGGAGGAGCAGGACCAUCCUGCAGGAAGCCGUCAAUGCAGGGAAACCUUGUCCCCAUCUGGAGGAACACGCUGGCUGUGUAGAGUAUUGGUCUCAGCAAGGACACUGUCAAAACACACUUGUCCCUGCACUUAUUACCACGGGUGGCUAUGGCAACGCCAGGAAGAAAAGAGACAUCCCUGACAGCAGCGAUGUUAUAGGGUACUGUGUCCAGUUUCAGUUGACCUCUCUGACUAAAGGCUGCCAGCAGAGCGAAGGCCCACACACUGUGUGGAUGCAGUACCUGAGGGAGGGCCACCAUGUGUGUGUCGAGUGCCAGCCGCCUGCCCUCGCUGCUGGACAGAAACACUGUGCUGGAGACGGAGACGAAAACAACACAGACAGAAGACCAUCUCUCCAGUGGCAGGCGGUGGGAAACCCUCGAUGCAGGGGUGUGUGGAGACGUGUGGGGAGGCUGGAAGCUUGUUCCUGCCCAACAGCCCACAGCUUCCUCUUCAUCUAACCUCCUCCUUCCUUCUGUCGGCCUCCAUCUUGUACAGAUUUGCUGAGAUGUCCGCAGAAAGAACAAUAUUCCAGAAUAAACCAGCUAGAAUAAUUACAAACAGUCAACCUGUUCAGUUAACCCUUUAAGACCCACCAUUGUGCAAGUCCGCCAGGAUAUAUUUUUACAUUUUUACAUGCUGUAGUGCCAUUUUUUGGAGUAUUUUUAUUUGCUUUACAUCAAAAUAACCCUGAUAUCCCAAAUUUUAAUAAUAUGUAUUGACUUAUGUCUUAACUACUACAAAGAAUUGCUUAAAGGUGCAAUAAACCUUAAAAAAAUGAAAAUCGUUUUUGUUUUUUUCACAUAUUUCAAAAUACAGAAAUUGCAUAGCUGUAUCCCUCAAAUCUGCAAAUGUAAAAAAGUUGCACAAUAUCCUUUGGAACCACAGGAAAUUUAUUUGGAGUCUGUAUAUAAUUUGAUUUUUGAGAUAUGGUCAAUUUUGUAACCUGUAAAAAAAAAAAAAACAAAACUGCAAAAUUUGCAAAGAGACAACAUCAAAACAAAUUAUUUACAAUAGUGCAAUCAAAUUUCUAAGUGUGCCAGAUACUUAUGAACACACAUAUUUUAUGUACAAAACCAUGGUCAGACCAUAAAAAGUGCAUUUGAAAAUAAAAGAAAAUCGUUUUUACUGAGUUGAAUCAGAAACAGUAUUUUGAUGGUCUCCUGGUCCAAGUACUUGGACAGGUCUGAUGGAGAAGGGCUGUCCACAUAUUCUGACAGAGGUGGCUGGACACCUGGCCUCCUUUUGGGCAGGAAAUGUGGCAGAGAAGGUAAGCUGUCAGGUUCCUUCUCAGUUUUCCAGCCAGCUGUAGGGAGCGCCUCUGGCCCGGAGCGCUCGCUGGUGGAGCGGCUGCUGCAGCGUCUCCUGGCUGGAGGCCGGUCUGUCCC